UUUCUUCAGUAUCAAUAAUGGCGCUCUCAUGGUUUCUCUCGCUCUUUCUCACUUCAACUCUGUUAAGCGGUUGUCAUUCGGCAGCUCAGAAUGAUAGAAAGGCUUAUAUAGUAUACAUGGGCGACAUUACUCCACAGAGUGAGCAGUCCACGUCUGCACCUCUUCACAUGAGCAUGCUACAAAACGUUGUUGGCAGAGAUGUUGCACCGGGUUCUCUACUUCAUAGUUACAAGAGGAGUUUGAAUGGAUUUGUUGCCAAGCUAACCGAGAAAGAAGCACAAGAAAUGGCCGGCAAAGAGGGGGUUGUAUCCGUUUUCCCUAGUGAAAAGCAGAAGCUGCACACAACAAGGUCAUGGGACUUCAUUGGGUUUCCACAGCAAGUUGAGAGGUGCACGGUCGAAAGCGACAUCAUCAUAGGGGUGUUCGACACCGGAAUUUGGCCUGAAUCCGAUAGCUUUGACGACAAAGGUUUUGGUCCACCGCCUUCCAAAUGGAAGGGAUCAUGCCAAACCUCCAAUUUCACUUGUAACAACAAAAUAAUUGGAGCAAAGUAUUACCGGAGUGACGGGACGUUCGAAGACGGCGAUAUCAAGUCACCGAGAGACUCGGACGGCCACGGGACACACACGGCGUCGACGGCGGCCGGGGUCCUAGUUGGCGGCGCAAGUCUUUUAGGCUUAGGCUCAGGCACGGCACGGGGAGCGGUUCCAUCGGCUCGUCUCGCCAUCUACAAAGUCUGCUGGGAAGAUGGUUGCCAAGACGCCGACAUUCUCGCGGCAUUCGACGACGCGAUUGCCGACGGCGUCGACAUAAUUUCGAUUUCUCUCUCGUCCGGUUUGGAAGAUUAUUUCAAGAAUUCGAUUGCCAUUGGCUCUUUCCAUGCUAUGAGGAAAGGCAUUUUGACGUCUACUUCUGCUGGUAACGGAGGUCCAUCCCUAACGACUCUCACAAACUUCUCACCUUGGACUCUCUCUGUGGCUGCUUCCACCAUCGAUCGGGAGUUCUUGACCAAAGUUCAGUUGGGUAACGACAAGACUUUUGAGGGAUUUUCAAUAAAUACAUUUGACCUCAAGGAUAAGAUGUUUCCUAUAAUAUAUGGUGGAGAUGCACCAAACACGACGGCAGGGAUUGAGCAGUCUUUUUCCAGGUAUUGCACAACGGGGUCGUUGGACCAGAAUUUGGUGAAAGGUAAAAUUGUGUUAUGCGAUUCUUUUACACGUGGGAGAGGGGCGAUACUGGCCGGCGCAGUUGGUAUGGUGAUCACUGGCCGGGAAUCUGGCGAAGUUUCCGAGACUUUUCCCUUGCCUACAUCCUACCUUAAUCCGGACGAUGGAGCCCAAAUUUACAUCUACAUAAAUUCUACCGGGAGCCCAAUGGCGUCAAUAUCAAAAAGUAAUGAGGCAAAAGAUAGGCUGGCCCCCUACAUACCUUCCUUUUCGUCGAGGGGACCAAAUCCAAUCUCUCCUAAUAUUCUCAAGCCAGAUUUAGCAGCACCAGGGGUAAACAUUUUAGCUGCAUGGUCGCCAAUUGCCCCAGUUUUAGAAGGUUUUGAAGAUGACAAAAGAGUAGUGGCAUACAAUUUUCUAUCUGGCACAUCAAUGUCUUGCCCACAUGCUUCGGGGGCUGCUGCCUACGUCAAAUCAUUCAACCCGACAUGGUCUCCGGCCGCCAUCAAGUCGUCUCUUAUGACCACCGCUAAUCCCAUGAGUGCCGACCUUAACUCCGAAGCCGAAUUCGCAUACGGAGCCGGACAAAUAAAUCCUCUCAAUGCUGCAUGCCCUGGUUUAAUAUACGACGCAGUCGAAGAUGAUUACAUAAGCUUUUUGUGUGGACAAGGCUACACUACAAAGCUAUUGCAAAUAGUUACCGGAAACAGUAACAGCACAUGUCCUGAUCAAGGCAGUCAUGAAACGACACCGGACCUAAAUUAUCCUGCCUUUGCUCUUUCUACGACACCUUCGCAAACAAUCAAUCAUGUCUUUAACAGGACUGUCACAAACGUUGGAUCACCGACCUCUUCGUAUAAAGCUAACUUGGUUGCCCCACCAGGGCUUAAAAUCACAGUGAAUCCUAGUGUUUUGUCGUUUAAAUCCCUUGAGGAGAAGCUAUCCUAUGCGGUGACAGUGCGGGGGACAGUAGAUAAGAAAGUUGUGGUCUCUGCUUCUCUUGUGUGGGAUGAUGGUACUUACCAAGUUAGGAGCCCUAUUGUUGUUUAUGUCCCGACAUAAAAGGAAAUUUUGAUGUCGUUUAUGGAUUGAACAAAGUUACUCAUGUGUUGGGAUGCCUUCUUACGUAUUACUAAAGGCAAAAUAAGAUAAGGAAUUGUAGAACUGAUAUUUUUAGAUAUGGUGAACGUUUGAUCUUUGUUA